GUCAGCGCUCAGCGCCCACGCCCCGCACCGGCGCAGGCACCCAUGAGCCUGUGCUUGCUGCUGUCAGAGUGGAGCUGAGCAUCGGUGUGGAGUUCUUGGCAGAGUUGGGUUGCCCUCAGGACUGUAUGUGACCAAGAGUAUGUGCCUGCUUUUGGUACAGAAAUUCCCUAAGGUAGGAGACUUGCUGGAGAAACAUAUAACAGCUGGAUGCAGAGGAGGGUGGCCGGGAAGCAGCUGCGCAACCAUGCUGUGGAUAUUGCAGCCCCUCAGCUCAAGAACUCACACAUGUUCCUCACACAGACUUAGUCUUUGGCCCAUCCAUGUGUCUUACACGAGUGCCCGCCCGGCAGAGAGCAUCCACAGCAGGGCAUGGAGCAAAUGGGAUGAUUCAGCUAGGGCGGGUCAGGCAGUCUCUGCACAAUGGGCCUGUGAAAAUAGAAUGGCCAUUCACAGGGUUGGAGGCUACGGGGACCCACUGAACAAGGCAAAUCUAGACAGUGCCUCUGCCCUCUCCCGCUGCAGAGGCCAGUGGGCAGCCCAUGGUGUGGUGGCUGUUGUCCCUCAAGAAGACCAAGCAGCCAGUUGGUGGCAAAAGUUGAUUUCCAUGGGCCCAGAGGCAUAUUCGGGGUUUGGAUUUGUCUUCCUUGCUUGUAGAGCCUUGGCAGGCAUGACUACCCAGUUUCUUACAGAUGUCUUGCCUUAUCAUCACAGGAUUUCCCAUAAUACCACCUUGGACCAAGCACGCUAUAAGAGCGAAAGAGGCAGACAAAGGGGAUGUGACCGCAAGCUCCACUGGUUCCACCAUAGAUUGCACACCCCGAACUGCCACCCUGAUAGGACAUCAGCAUGGCCCCACAAAGGCACAGCGAACGCUCCAGUGGGGUUGGAAGCUGUGCUGUGGGAUGCAGUUUAUAUUCAGAACCUAAUAUCAGUGUACGGUGCUGCAUCCCCAGUAGCUGGAGUCCUGGCCCCUGGGAUGUGCAGAAGAUGCUCUCCUGGGUGACACAAGGUUCACCAAAUCUAAAAGCCUCUCCUUAUUUGGGAUCCUCAUGGAUCCCAGGCAACAAAAUUUGGUCCUGGUUAUGAGUAGGACACGGGAGGGAGGAUUCUUUCUGGAAUGCAGGGGACUCACUGGGCAUCUUUUCCUUGCCUGGUGAUACCAGUAGACGGGCAAUGCAGCAACCCUGGCCUGACGAGGAAUAAUAACCAAAGGCCAGACCUCACAGGGAAGAAGGUCUGGGUCACUUCGUCGAGGAAGCAGCCUGGGCCACAGAAGUGAUAGCUGCAGGUGAAGAGACCCGAGCCAGGUGAUUAAGGAAGAUGAUGAAAAUCAUGAUAGCCUUAGAACUAACUGCAGCAGUGGGCAGUAUAGCCCGACCUACUGACCCUCCUGAGGUGGGUGUUCUCCCCCAGUAAAGUAUGACUGGACACCACGAUGAGGAAUCAGGGCCAGGGCACAGAUCUGUAGCAGUGGAUCUGCCUUGCAAGGCAGGACAGUAGCAGAGGCCAUCAGUGCCCAUCCACAUUCCCCCAACUGAAGGCUGCUUUCUGGGAACCCCUGCAUCUCUGUUUGUGCUUGAGGGAUUUCUUCCUGGCGCAGGGCAAGCUGGAAGCCCUGGAGAGUUAAUUCAGAAGAAGGCCUUGGCCAAUGGCAGGCAAACGGUGGGUAAAUGCCCUGUUGUGGCCGCCCCUGGCAGGCGUAGCUUGGCUGGUUGCACAUGCUCCAUUGCAUGGCACAGUCCCAGGGGGGCUGCCUCAGUCUCCCUCGGGGAAGUGCCCCGCAGCACACCUUUAUUGGCCUCCCCACUCCCCUCCUGCUCUUUCCUGCUGUCACCUCCCAAGUGAAAUACUAGCCCUGGGUCAGCUUCUGGGGGAUCCAGUCAAGGCUGUUAUUAUCACAGACUAAAA